UGAUAUUUAUUUAGCUUAUGGUUCUGUAUAUUUCAUUAGCGUUGCUUUAUUAGAAUGUUGAUUCUCUCUCUAAAAAAACAUGUACUGUAUUGUAUUCUAUCUCUUUCACAUUUAGUCAUUUGGCAGACGGUUUUAUCCAAAGCUUCCAUCUUUUAAAUGUUUUUCUUUUUUCCUUUAAAGCUACUUUGAAACGAUGCAACAUUGACAGUGGUUCUCAACUCCAGUCCUCAGGCCCCCCCUGACAGAAUACUUUGGAUGUCUCCCUAUUGUACACCUGAACAAGUUAAUGAGAUAAUGAAGUGAUGAUUGAGUCGUUAAUGAUGAACAGACUUAAAUCCCCUGCAGAGGAGAGCGGUGCUGCAGAGGAGAGCGGUGCUGCAGAGGAGAGCGGUGCUGCAGAGGAGCUUGGUGCUGCAUGGAAGAAUGGUGCUGCAGAGGAGAGUGGUGCUGCAUGGAAGAAUGGAGCUGCAGAGGAGAGUGGUGCUGCAGGGGAGAGUGGUGCUGCAGGGGAGAGUGGUGCUGCAGGGGAGAGUGGUGCUGCAGGGGAGAGUGGUGCUGCAGGGGAGAGUGGUGCUGCAGAGGAGAGUGGUGCUGCAGAUGCUGGAGCUGCUCUUAUGUCAGGAGCUGCCGAGAGGGUGGAGGAUGCUGGUGCUUCCAUAAAGUCAGAGGCUGGAGAGAGUGGUGCUGCUGGUGAGACUGGUGCUGGUGAGGCCAGUGGUUGCUUUAUUUUAUGA